UUUCACAAAAACCACACCACCCAAAAAACUAAAUUAAAAAAGUUCCAAACUUGAGAAACAUCAAUAUGGAAGCAAGGCAAAACCUUGUCAUUUUUGCAGCACUACUGAUGGUGGCAGCCAUCGGAAUCGAAAUGGCCACUGCAGAGGACAUGUGCGGCUUAAGCAUUAGUGACUUAAUGACUUGCAAACCAGCAGUAUCUGGGCCUAAACCAUUGCCACCAUCUGCUAAUUGUUGCGCUGCUUUAAGCAAAGCAGAUUUGCCUUGCCUUUGCACUUUCAAAAACAGUCCAAUGCUGUCUAUUUACAAGAUUAAUCCCACUCUUGCUAUGAACCUUCCCUCCAAAUGCAAACUUGAUUCUCCUAAUUGCGCCGCUUAAUCAUUCUACUGAUCACACCCUUUUCACUUUUGCUAGUGAGUAGGGAGUUGUGAAUGUUGGUUUAAUUUGUUGUUUGUUUCAAAGUGUGGUUCCUAGUUUCACCUAAUUAGUGUUUCCGUUUUAUUAUUUUCGAUUUCAUGUUAUGGCAAGAGUUUAUGUUGAUCAACUUUGCGUGGUUGAUCCCAAUAGUUAUGUUAUAGUAUUAAGUUUGACGUUA